AUGGGCGGGGCGCAAAGGGGUGACGCGUGGCGCGACGUGAAGCGGGGCGGGGCAUCUCCGUUGGAAUUAUGGAAAUACGCGGCGCGCAGUGCUGGUACAGACUGCCGACCGCCGCCCACCUCGCCGCCGCUCGCACCACCUGCGGCGACGCCGACGCUGUCGCAGUCGCAGACGAUGGCCGGUGCGUGAGAAUUCAGGGUGUGCUACUCUACAUCCAGGAGACGGAGGACAGCAAAAAUGAAAAAAAAAUCAUAAUUAUAAAACAAAUAGAAAGAAUGAAGAUAAAAAACAAAUAGUUAUACGAUUUGU